AUGGCGCAACGGCGGCGCCGGUCUGCUGGACCGAUAACCAGCAGCGUGGGUGAGCCACAAGCGCCACUGGCGUUGUUCUACGACUGGGCAUCCUCAGACGAAAGGAGAGCCUUCCACUUCUUCCAGCACAUCACCGCACCUUGUCUGUCCGGGGACCUCGACGGCGCCUUCUGGCGGGUAUUAGUGCUCCAAAUAUGCCAGUCCGAGGCCGCCGUACGACAUGCUGUACUCGCCGUGAGCAGCCUCCACGAAGGGAUGGUGCAGGCGACAAUGACCCCCUACCUCAACGCCGAAGACCGGAACUCAUUUGCCCUGUAUCAAUACAACCGGGCCAUCGCCUGUCUGCUGGACCAGAUGCGCACCGUCGACGCCAGACCGCUGGUCCCCCUCCUCACCUGUGUGCUUUUCGUGUGCAUUGAGCUCAUGCAGAGCAAAGACAGGGAAUCACUCCUCCACCUUGAACAGGGCCGUCAGAUCUUGAGCCAGCUGGGCCGCAAAUGCCCGACACGGAACCCCGAGAUCGACCUUAUCAGGCAGCACCUGGUACCCAUGUAUACCAGGCUCAGCUUGACAUCGCUCAUGUUUGGCGGCGAGCCCGUAGAGAUACCGACGCCGCUCAAGACGCUGACCGAGGUCCCUAUGAUGUUCGAGACGAUCGACGAGGUCCGGUACGCGCUCUACGAUUUUAUGGACCAAUGUCUCCGGUUCGCGAAGACGACACGUUUGGCCAAACUCAGCGAGAUUCCCUCGGAGCAGAUGCGGGCAUUUGAAAAGGAGCAGGACCAUCUACUGAGGAAACUAGCCAAGUUUAACGUCGCCUUCUCCCUAUACCGGUCGACGAAAUCCCGCGGUCGGCUGGUGGGCCCGAUUGCCCUGAUACAGAUACACGUCCACGCCACGUUUAUAUGGGUUUCGACGGCCCUCAGCCAGCACGAGACGGUGUUUGACGAUUACGUCGAUACUUUUUCAGCCAUCAUCCCGCUUGCGACCGAUUUCAUCAACUCGCUCAGUGCGCCACCGGCGCAUCCGGAGCAACACGGCGGACCGGGCGCCCCUGGGCCAUCAGCAGCCGACACACGGCGCUUCGCGACCGUGUUUACGUUUGAAAUGUAUAUCAUCGCCCCGCUCUACUUUGUAGCCGCCAAGUGCCGGCAUCCGAUCAUCCGGCGGGCGGCGCUGGACCUCCUCCGGCGGAACCCAACGCGGCGCGAGAACCUCUGGCGGGCCAACGUCAUGGCCGCCAUCGCAGAGCGGACAAUGCGGAUAGAGGAGAAGCACUUGCGACCGAACAGCCUGCCCCACUCUCGGCAGCCCUCGCCGCCCGAGUUGCCGGGGCUCUUCCCCAAUUCUUCGGUUCUCGGACAGGAUCCCCCGUCACGUCUUCGUGCUCUGUCGUCUUCGGCUACGGGCAGCGCCGAGGCGGGGAGCAUGAGCGAUAUGGCAGGGCACAUGCCGAUCGACCCGACACUAUUUUUCGACCCGGCCGAGGGGUCAGGGAGCCAUUCCUUCAGCGUCACGCCCUCGGUUGCCUCCUCGCUCGACGAUCUUACCGGCCCUGCGACAUCGACGCCAUACAUGGGCGGGUCCGGUGACGGCUCAUCCGAGCUGUGGAGCGGCACGACGUCGCUCCCGCCGCCCGGUAUCUCGCUCGAGCCGGCCACUCCUCUGGAUGCCGGUCCUUUCAUGAUGCCCCUACAGGCGCACUCCCAUCGCCCUCAGACGCAUCCCAAUUCCCACUCCCGACAGCAGUCCGGAUCGCCGUCGGUGGCGUCGGACGAUUCCCCGCAGCUCCAGUCGAUGAGCAUGGACAUGGGACCGGGGUCGGGGCAAGGGAUGCACAUAGCCGGCUUCAUGCAGCACCAGGGCCUGAGCGUGGGCCAGCUGAGCCCGGUCACGGGACAGCGCAGCGCGGAUGCGCCGUACGACGUGCCGGAGCGGUUCCGCGUGCUCCAGCAUUGUCACGGUGUCCAGCAGAAUGUGGGCUCACUUCACUUACACGGCCCCCUUGCCUUUGCCCCACAGUCCGGAAGAUGCGGGACCACAGCAGAACUCUCAUGCACCAGAAGAAGAAGUGAUUCCCGUCCCCAAAGUAGGGGAUCGCGCCCCAUCUCUGGGCAAGGAUGUCCAAUUCCCUCAAGACAAGCCCGUGCUGGUUGUCUUUUUGCGCCACUGCGGCUGUCCUUCAGUUGCUUGAUAAGAGCGAGACUGAUCGUCCAAGUCGGCGGCGAGUGGGAAGUUCAGGUCCUCGUCGACCCCCAGCGCGCCCUCUACCACGCCUGGGGCCUGGGUCUGAGCUCGACCUGGUAUGCUGUCAACCCGAUGGCGCUGUGGCGUACGUGGAAGCUGGGGACCGAGGAGGGGAUUUGGAACCGGAGUGCGCAGAGUGGUAGUCGGUGGCAGAUUGGGGGGGCGUUUGGGGUGGAUGCGGAGGGGGUGGUGAGGUGGUCGAGGCCCGCGGGCAGUGCGGAUGAGGUGCCGGAUUUUGGGGAGGCGUUGAGGCUGUUGGGGGUUGAGUAG